CCUGAUCAUAACCUGACUUCCAUCAUGGUUAUGCUGAGUUACAUUGCUAUAUUUUUCGAGCUCGACUUGGAUUUUUUGUGUGCAGUGCGCACGCCUCCAAAUUUUUCUUUUAUCAAUCCAGCAGAACAAUUCAUGGCAGCAGCUAACAUAGCAUUGAUUGGAGUUUCGUUGUCUAGAAAUCAUCUGGGUGAAAAUGAAAAACUUGUGAAAAAUUUAAUGUCUAAAAAACAAUGGCGGGAGGCUCACGAGAAAAACCCUAACAACGAUUAUCCUCGCUUGGCCCUAGAAGGAACAGAAGAUGCCCGAAGGCUACUUAAAUCAAGAUUUGAGUCACUGCGCUACAAAGGAGAAAAGGUGAUCGUAUCUUAUGCUGCAAACGAAGCAGAGAUAAAUACGAUAAAAGCAAAUAUUACAGACCAAUGGCCUGAGAUUAAUUUGAGCAAAAUUUCGAAAGCUGAAGCAAUGAACGUACCAUCAUUUAAAGAAUUCUUUGACAAACAUGUUAAAGCGACAUCCUAUACCUUCCAAGUGAAGAAAUGUAAUGAUAUAAAUUGCAAAUUUCACAAGGCAAAGAGGAUGGAUCAAACCAUCAACAUCCCUUGGCUACCGAAGCCUCAACUCAAAGGAGAAAAAUAUGAGGAAUUCGAUGAAGUAUACGGUACUGAACCGAAUGACGAUUGUCAACCAAGUAAAAUUAAGGCAAUGCAUUCACAAGAAGAGAGGUUGCCUCAUCCUUCAUUUGCAUUAGCUUCCACCAGAGCGCGCAUCAUAAUUACAUGCACUGAAUGCAAAUUUCCGCGUCCAUUGUAUUCUCAAUACAGUAUGAACAAGCAGCAACUAAUGGAAACAGAACGCUUUUUUGAUAAAAACGUAUAUAUUUGCGGUGUUCCACUUGAAGGUUUACCAGACGUUUUUCAAAAUCCUAAAAUCAAAUGCUUUGAUCCAAUUCAUCUUCAUUAUUUCCAAUGUUCGUCUCUGAAAGGAUUUAAAAACUUAUGCGCGAAGUGUCUCGUAAGUAACUCGUCCGUGACACACAACAAACUCAAUAUUUGUGGCUCAUGUUACGCAUCAGUGUUGAAAAACAUAAAUUUGAAGCAGCGCAACGUUAAAGCAAAAACUAAGUAAAGUAUUCUAAGUUAAAAUGUAAAUAUAUACGAUCAAGCUGCGCAAAAAAAGACUGUUCCAUUUUCCUCGGUUUAAAUUUUAUUUUUUAUUUU